AAAUAAUUUUGGUUUUAUAUUUUAGUUCCUAAAAUUAAUGAAUUCUAACAGAAGCGAUACAAAUAUGAGAGAGAGAGAUGAAGAACGCUCACAGUUUGUUGCUGUUACAACCAUAACGGAUUCUCAGGCUAUACGCAGCGUGGACUUUCAUCCAGAUGGAAAUCUUUUUGCCGUUGGAUCAAAUUCAAAAACCUUUCGAAUAUGUCAAUAUCCGCAAAUAUCUAAACUGAGACACGAUCAACACUUUUAUCCUCCAUCUGUUUUAUGCAAACGCACAAAGCAUCAUCGAGGAUCGAUAUAUUGUACGAGCUGGUCAGCAGAUGGCGAACUGGUCGCGACUGGGUCAAAUGACAAGACCAUCAAGUAUAUGCGAUUUAACAAGGAUACAAACCAACUGGUGGGCCAAGAGAUCGAACUGAAUAUGCACGAUGGCACUGUCCGAGAUAUGUGCUUCCUCGACAACUCAUCAACCAAAUCCCGAUUACUCGCGAGUGGCGGCGCUGGCGAUUGCAAGAUUUACGUAACAGACUGUGUGACAAGCAUGCCAAUGCACGCUUUCGGAGGACAUACUGGACACAUCUCAUCGCUGUACAGCUGGAAUAAUACGAUGUUUGUAUCGGGAUCGCAGGAUCAAACGAUACGUUUCUGGGAUAUACGAGUUAACGAAGCUGUCAGCUCCUUUGAUCAGGAAUAUAAGCCUGGAGCGCUGCAGAAAUCGCCAGUGACUGCAGUUUGCGUCGAUCCGACUGGGCGACUGCUGGUGUCGGGACACGCGGAUAGCGCUUGCGUGUUAUACGAUAUACGCGGCAAUAGGCUAAUACAACGAUUUUAUCCACAUAGCGCGGAAAUUAGAUGCAUCCGCUUUUCACCAGAGGCUUAUUAUAUGCUCACCUGUAGCUAUGAUAGUACGAUUAAACUAACGGAUUUACAGGGUGAUCUAGCCAACGAUCUUGCCUCAGUGGUUGUGGCCAAGCACAAAGACAAGGCGAUUACAAUUCGAUGGCAUCCAACUGAGUUUUCGUUUAUUUCAACAUCUGCGGAUAAGACUGCAACUUUAUGGGCUUUACCUCAAUCCUAAAUUAUUUUAUUUAAACAUAAAUAUAUAAAUUAUUUAAUAAAUAUACCAAUAAUAUUUAAGGUCUAGUGAAAAUUUAUUAAUUAYAUGUUGGGAUUAAUAUUUAC